UAUUUGAAAAGUUAACGUACGUCUGUGCACAGGUCACAGGACAUUUAGGUUGUAACGUAUUCAGCUACUACGAUUUUCUCGAGUUUCCUACAUUAAAAGAUAAAUAUGGCUCCGGCGAUCAAAGAUAGCAUGAAGAACAUAUUUCACAAAGUGCAAUUCAAUAAAACCGACCAUCAACAGUAUAUGAAGAGGCUCACAAAGUUGUACGAGAAGGUCGAUUUAAAUACAUUCUGGGAAUAUUUUGUCUGGUGUUUGAAAGUACCUCUUUCAACGUCGCAACAACAUCCAUAUGUUGUAAACACAUUAGAGUUUUGUGCUAAAUUCUGUAUGAGUUUCUAUCGAUCCUUGGAGAGUGAAACCACAGAACCGAUGUCACCAUUUCUCAACAGACUAUUUGAAUUUCUUUUAUCGAGUCACAAUGCUAAGGAUAAAGGAGUAAGGUUUCGAAUAUGUCAUUUUCUGAAUAUGCUCUUAAACUCCAUGGGCGAUAACGCUUUCAUGGACGACAAUCUAUGUGACCAAAUUACAGUCAGUAUGAUGGAUCGAUUGUUGGAUAAGUCGCCUAAAGUCAGGGCACAGGCUGUUUUUGCCUUGUACAGGUUGCAGGAUCCAUCGGAUGAACAAUGCCCUGUAAUAAAAAUGUAUCUCUUCCAUGUAUCUAAAGACCCAAAUGCUGAAGUUCGUAAAGCGGUUCUCGCUACUAUGGGCAAAAAUCAGAAAACUUUACAAGCCGCAUUGAUAAGAACGCGAGAUAUCGAUGAUUCUGUGCGCAAGAAAGCAUAUGAAUUUAUCAGUAAAGUCACAGUGCGUUCCUUGACUAUUGAGCAAAGAGAGCGUUUAUUGAAGGAUGGGCUCAAAGAUAGAUCUGAAACUGUUAGAACAUGCGUAAACAAUGUUUUAUUGCCAGCAUGGUUAAGAUAUUUCAAGGGAGAGUAUAUGAAUCUUAUUCAUGCACUGGAUGCUGGAAUCGGAACAGAGACUGCAACUUUAGCUCUACGGGUACUAUUCAAAAACGCUGAUUUAAAGAUUUUAUUGGCGCAAGUAACGAUAGAUAAAAAUACAAGAUUGAUUCCAUUGACAAGUUUAACAAAUGAAAAUGUUUUAUAUUGGAAGUGUAUAAUACAACAUCUCCAACGUCUUUCCUGUACGGAAGAGUUGGAAUUAAUUAUUCCAGAGUUAUCAGAAUUUUGCAAAUAUAUAUGCGAUUUUAUUACUUUCAUAUCUUCUCAAUCACACGAAACGUGGGAAAAAGAGAGUCACAAGUUUAUUUUACUACAACUUUUUGAAAUAUCUACAACAUAUGAUCUCUCAGAUGAGGUGGGCAGGAAGAAUCUAAACGAAGUGAUAAUAAACACUUUAAUGAGCGAUCAUUGUUCCACUAAAAUAAUUGAGUGUCUAGUAAGUCAUUUGGCAAAAGUGAUACCAGAGCCCAGUAAUAUGCUUAAUGCUAUUGCUAAUGUUAUUAGCGAGACUAGGUUACCUUUGAAAGAAAAUGCAGUCACUCAGCAAAUUACUGGAGAACAGCAGCAUGAGAACAACAUGCAAAAAGCUAGAUUAAAAGUCGAGGUGUUAGAACUCGAAGAGGAAUUGUAUCAAGCGAUCAAGGAACAGAAUUUUCUACAAGCUGACAGCCUUAAAGAAAAGAUUAAUGCCUUGAAAGAGGAGAUAAGUCGUUUAUCUAAAGUACCCGAAGCUAUAUUAACUGAAGAUAAUAUGCGGGAGGAGAAAAAUGAUACCGCAACUAUGGUGAAAUGUCUCGAUAUUUUAUAUGUUGCGAUGCAAUCUAUUCGUGUAUUAACACCCACACUCAGAAGUUUGAUGUGUUUUGUUUUAAGUAGUCUUGAUCAUUCUGACGAUAGUGUACAUAUACUGGCGCUAAAGACAUUAGGCGUUUAUUGCAUUUUAGACAAAGAAUUGGCUAAGAAACACAUAAUGAUAUUUUUUUAUCAAUUUUCUCUUGAGCAAGAAAAUCAAGAGAUAUGGGUAGUCUCCUUGAAAGGAAUAUUCGAUCUUUUACUUAUGUAUGGUUUCGAAUAUUUUGAUAUAUUGCAAUCCCCAGAAGAGAAUUCCAUGGAGAAUAGAUCUGAAAAGACUCGCUCGCUUUAUACACAUGAGGAUAGUAAUAUUUCUAUAAGUAAGCGGGCUGAAGUGGAGGAAGGCCCUUGUAAUUUCAUUAAAAUCUUAACAGGAUUGCUAACCAACGCGAAUCAAGAUUUACGCACUAUUGCAGCGGAAGGGCUCUGCAAAUUAUUGCUUAACCAACGAAUCAAUAGCAGUAAUCUAAUAUCGCGUUUGAUAAUUAUGUGCUAUAAUCCAGUCAACGCCGAUGACAUCUAUCUUCGUCAAUGUUUGAGCUCUUUUUUUGACAAUUUUAUAACGUCCGAGGCACAAGAAAUGCUCGAAGGCGCAUACUUUCCGACAUUACAAGUUCUUUGUAACGCACCGGAUAUUAGCCCUUUACGGGAGAUUAAUGCGUAUCACAUAUCUAGAUUUAUACUGAGCUUAACUAGACGAGGAUGUCAGAAAACCAACGGACAAACGUUUUAUACGCACAACAACCUUGCGUUUGCUAUACUGGCUGAGAUCUUAAAUCCAGAGAGCAAGAUAGAUAAAGAAAUUCUUAUUAGAUCUUUGACAAAUUUAUCCAUUCAAAUCGAGGAUGAUCUGUCAAAACAAAAUCUGCAAAGAGCUAUCAAAAAUGUCACGAAAAUGGUGAUGAAAUACGACAAACGAUUGCUCAAAUAUGUUCAGCAAUUCACACAAAAAUUAGAUAUGGUUUCUGAAGGAACGGAAAUUGAUGAGGAGAGCGACAAUGAAAACGAAGAUUAAAUAACGCACAAUUUGUAAAUACAUAUAUACAGUUUGAAUUUUGAUAUAAAUUUAUAUUUUGCAUCUAAUAA